UGAAGUGAAAGUGAAGUGAGGUUAGGUUAGCAUUGGACAAAAAAUUUGAAAUCUCUUUAUUUUUCAAAUUAUGAGGAAAUAGAAAAUGUUGUAUGGAGAUGAAGAGAUUGAUUGAUAUAUAAUCAAUAAACAUGACACUCUUGCGAAAAUCGUUAGAGAUUCUAAAAUUGGCAUACAAUUUUAAGAGCAACUUGUCUUUGAGAAGAAAAUAUUCUUCUCUUCCCAGCUAUGAUUUAAAUCUGAAACUAAAUGGCACAUCUUUGAACAACUACAUUAUAAAUUUGCAAAAUGAAUACGAUAAUCUCCUAAAGAACAACAUAAAUAGUGGCAAAAGAUGGUUAGAGUUACAACCAAUCAUACAGAUUUUAAAAGAUCGGGAGGAUAUCGUGAAGAACUUGAAUAAUUUGAAGGAGUUGUUGGAGGAAAAGGACAGUGAAAUUGCCAAAAUGGCACGAGAUGAGAAGGUCGAAAUGGAAGAACAGAUUAGUAAAGUAGAUAAAAAACUAAUACAGGCUCUCAUCCCUGUGGACAAAGAAGAUGUAUGCAAUGAUAUAGUUCUAGAAGUCCAGGCAGGGGUAGGAGGCCAAGAAGCUAUGCUCUUUGCCAAAGAAAUGUUUGAUAUGUACUGCAAUUUUUCCCAGCACAAAGGCUGGCAACUGGAAAUUGCAGAGUAUGCAACCACAGAUAUUGGUGGCUUGAGGUAUGCCUCAGCUUUGAUAAAUGGCCCCUCAGUCUUCAGCUAUUUCAAGCAUGAGGCUGGGAUACACAGAGUACAGCGUAUUCCUACCACUGAAAAAGCUGGCAGGCUUCACACCAGUACUGUUUCUGUUAUUGCUUUGCCCCAGCCGCAUGACAUUGAGGUGAACAUAAAUCCAGGUGAUUUGAAGAUUGAGACCAAAAGAUCUACGGGUGCAGGGGGCCAACAUGUGAAUACCACAGAUAGUGCUGUCAGGAUUGUUCAUUUACCAACAGGUAUAGCGGUGGAGUGCCAAGUGGACCGUUCCCAAAUCAAAAAUCGCAAAAUGGCGAUGGCCCGAUUGAACGCGCUCCUCUAUCAAAGAAAACUUGAGGCUCAAACUGCUGAGAGCGACGCUGCGAGGAAAAGCCAAGUGAGAACUAGGAACUGGAAUGAAAAAAUUAGGACUUACAAUUUCAGUCAGGACAGGAUAACGGACCAUCGUUUGGGGGUCAGUGUGCAUAAUUUGAAGGUGUUUUUGGAGGGUGGUGAGCCUUUGGAAGAUUGAUCCAGCAGUUGGAUGAGAAAUAUUUAGUUGACAAUUUGUUGAAUAUUGUGAAUAGUCUUAGUGAUGAGAAUAAAAAAUAAUGAAAUAUUCAUAACUACCCCA